AUGGCUUCUCUUGCAAACCAACUCUCUUUCUUCUUCUUAUUCUUUUCCUUACUUCUCCUCUCACCACAAAUUCAAGCAAGACAAAACAAGUUCUUUAGCUUCUUCUCUCAUUUCAAAACCACCAACAAUGUCAAUGAUCCUCAAUUACCUCAAUCUCCAUCACCAGCCCCGGCACCGGCACCGGCACAAGAGCCAGCAGGAGCACCAGAAAUUGCAACAACAACUAUACCAUCAGGACCUGCACCGGAGCCUGAGUUUUUAGUCGAAACCGGAAACGGUUAUGGUCUAUAUGGAAUUGAUUCUAGCCAAUAUUCUUCCACCAAAGAAACUCCAAAAACCAUAACAGAUUUUGAAAAUGAACUUCUCAGUGAAGAUUUCAAUGAUGAUAAGAGUUACAAAACAGGUUAUCCUCAAACCAAUCUCCAUGAUAACAAUGAAGUGUACACAAAAAGCUACAACAGUGAAGAGUACAAGAACAAUUACAACAAUGAAGAGUACAAGAACAAUUACAACAGUGAAGAGUACAAGAACAAUGACAACAGUGAAGAGUACAAGAACAAUUACAAAAACAACAACAACAAUAACAAUAAUUAUGGUAAUGGUUAUGAGAGGAAAGGAGAAUUUGGAAUGAGUGACACAAGGUUCAUGGAGAAUGGAAAGUACCAUUACAAUAUAAAUAGUGAAAAUGAGAAUUAUAAUAACCUUAAUGGUUAUGAAUCAGGGAGAGGAAAUACUGAAAAUGAAGGUUACUAUGAAAAAAAUCAGCAUCCAAAUGAGUUUGAGACUAUGGAAGAAUAUGAGAAGCAACAAGAAGCACAAGGUUACACAUACACACCAUGA